AUGGCAGAGGAAGAUAUGACAACCUCUGGCUCAGCACACGAUACUGGCAAGAUGCCAGAACGCGAGGAAUCCGAGGAUGGCACGCCCAGUCCUAUGCCGAUACCUACGCCGAAUCCUAACGGCAUGGUGACCAUGGCAGCAGCAGAUCUCAUUGCACUCUGCGAGCGACUGAUAUCAGCACGCGCGCCGCCACCUCCUCCACCUCCUCCACCACCUCCACCUCCUCCGAACCCUAUACCAGAAGAAGAUCCGAACAUGCUGGCUCGCGAAUACCAGAAGGAAGCGCAGGCCUCGUUGAACACAAAGUCCGUCACCACGUUCGAUGGCACCAACUACCAGACGUGGAAGAUGGCGUUCUUGUCGGAUGCAGAAGUGAUCGGUGGUGCAGAUAUUCUUAAUAAGAACCAACAGGAACCACCUGAAGGUUUAUCAUCGCUCGAUCAGCGAUAUUGGGUGAUACGUUCAAAACUUCUCUUCCGUCGCAUGUUGCAAUCCCUAGUAGGUUCUGUCCGUUUGACCAUGGGAUCCAUUCAACCCGACAACGCGGCGGCCCUAUGGAACAAGGUAAGCGCAGUAUACGCGAUAUCCCUAGGGGAAGAAAGGAUUAACAUCCUUAAAGAAUUUACCCACUUGCAUGUCAAGGACGGUGAUUACCUGGCAUACGUACGCCGAUAUCAAUACCUGUCUGCUCGCAUGCGACAACUAACGGAGGACCGUGGUGAGAACUACCUCCAUGAUUUCUUUAUUAUCGGCCUCCGAGAUUAUCAGAGGACCUAUGUUAAAUCACGCCUCGAUACGUUCUACGGGACGGGUCAGGGUCCGAUUGUCAACCUAGAUAUCAACGAUCUCACAAAACAAAUUGCUCACCGGAUGAGUAAAUCAGAGGGUACUGGACGCCCUAAAGCUCCAAAGGCCAACGCGGCCACCAAUGAUAAUGACAACACAACUUCCGCCGCAACCGCAAAGUGCGGAUACUGCAAGGUCCCAGGGCAUAUAAAGGCUAAUUGCUAUCAUCUGAACCCUGACAAAGCGCCCGAGUGGUGGAGGAAAGAGAAUAAGGAUAAUAAGGGCACUGACAACACUGAAGGUGCCAAAAAGAAGGGAAAGGAUAAGAAGAAGGACAAGGAUGACGACAAACCUACUGGCACCAGAGCGCCAGAUCUCCUUGCAUCGCAACCUAAUGCCAACGCAGCAAUUGCUUUAUCUACGUCGUCCGCUACAACAUCCAAACCUUGGUAUCUCGACACCUGCGCAAGCUUCAAUAUGACGGGUGAAAGGCACUCGUUGGUGCGCGCAAAGUCGUUCGAAGGUGAUUUAGAAAUUACUACCGCGGACGGUGGCGUAGGACGGGUUGAGGAGAUAGGUGAUAUCCUUCUAGAAUCAGAAGGGGGGGAUAUCUCAGCCGUCCAUUUUAUGGCCAAAUCUUACAAUUACGGGGACGCAAUGUCGACAAUCGCGGGGAAACCUAACGAUCAACCUAGCGAUCGCAACCCCCUGACAAGAACACUCAUGGAAUGGCACGUCACACUAGGGCAUAUCCACGCUGGCGCGAUCAUUGCACUAGCGAAGGACCCAUCAUCCGGCAUCCGCAUCAAAGGAUCUAAAACAGGCUUCUUCUGCGAUAGCUGCGUCAAAGCAGGCAUGACACGCAAGUUCUCGCAAACUCCCAUGCCACGAGCGUUGCGAGCAAUGCAACGUGUUCAUAUCGACCUUGCUGGCGGUGGUCGUACGCUGGAUGACAUGUCCGAUUACCCUAUCGAAUCUCGUCAAGGGACCAAAUAUUAUAUGCUCAUCACCGAUGACGCCACCCGCUACAGGUGGAUCUAUUUUUUACAUACCAAGGACCAAGCUGUCGAAAUUUACGCUCACUGGGUCCAAUUCAUGAAAAAUCUCGGCUUCACGCCACCGGCGCUAGUUAGGACUGAUAUCGAUGGUGUCUUUCGAUCUAACAAGAUGACAACAAUGAUGACCAAAGAUGGCACUAUCUGGGAACCUACUACGCCCCAAUCUCCCCACCAAGAUGGUGUUUCUGAGAGAGGAAUCCGUACGAUAAUGACACGCGCAAGGGCAGUGCUUUUAGGCAUGAAUAUACCGAAGAAGUUCUGGGCAGACGUUCUCGAAACGGUGGUUGCAAUUACCAACAACACACCAACAUCUACCACCCUGUAUAAUGAGAAAUACUGGCCUACCAACAACGCCGACGAAGCACCUGCGCGAUGCCCCUAUACGGUCCCAUUCUCAGCACUAACCAACGCCCCGCCCCAACUUCGCCAUUUUAGGGAGCUAGGUGUUGAUGUUUACGCGCACCUUCAUGGAUCUCAAAAACCUACUGACAAGCUGUCCGCUAGGGCAGAAAUUUUUAAACUUAUAGGAUUCCGUGGAACCUACAACCUCGCAGGAUGA